UUAUUCAUUAAUAUACACAUUUCAAAAGUCAAUUUAUUUUUUAUUAAUUAUUUUUUAUUUAUUAUUUGUAUUCAUUCUACUGGCAAAAUGGAACCAAAAGCUGAAGAGAAGAAGAUCGAUCCCAUUAUUGUACAUUUGGGAGAUAUGGGACGUUAUCAAUUUUGGUUUUGUAUGCUGAUAUUUUUAUCAAAAUUUCCAACUGGUUGGGUGCAAGUAGGACAUGUUUUCUUGGCUGCACCAACAAAUUAUACUUGUGUUGAUCCCGCAGGUGUAGAUCCAUGUAGUGAAGAGUGCAAAAAGGCUGAAUACGAUCGUAGUGUUUUUGAAGAGACCAUAGUAACAGAGUUCGAUCUUGAAUGUGGUAACAAAUCGUGGGUUAGUUUUUCACAGACGAUGGUCAUGUUUGGUAUAAUGCUUGGUAAUAUUAUAUUCGGAGUUUUGGCGGAUAAAUAUGGACGUAGGCCUCUGUUUGUAAUUGCUUGUGUGCUACAAUUGAUCACAGGUGUAACUGUUAGUAUUUCCCAAUGGUUUUGGUUUUAUGUGCUGUUUAGAUUUCUAGCUGGUUUAUCAACCGGUGGUACCAUGACAACCAGUUUUGUUCUUAUUAUGGAAAUUAUUGGUGUGAGUAAACGUGAGAUAAUAUCGAUACUGUAUCAGAUUCCCUUUAAUUUGGGUCAUGCCUCAUUACCUUUGUUAUCGUACUUUUUGCGACAUUGGAGGUGGUUCAAUCUAAGUUAUUCCUCAUUCUCGGUGGUAUAUCUGAUUUAUAUAUGUCUUUGCAUUGAGUCGCCGCGUUGGUUGUUCACAACCGGUCGUCUCGAAAGAGCCAUUCCAUUGUUAGAGAAAAUCGCCCGAGUUAAUAAAAAACCUACAGAACGUAUAAGGCCUGAAAUCGAAGAGGCCUACAAAAACCUAUCCUCUAAAGCUCCUCCUAAAAAAGGAACUCUAUUUGACUUAUUUCGUUCGCCUAAUCUGCGCAAGAAAACUAUUAUUAUGGCUUUUCAGUGGUUAAACGUAUGUGCUGUUUACUUUGGUGUCUCCCAAUAUAUUUCCAAACUGGCUGGAAAUAUAUUUUUGAAUGUAGCCAUUGGUGGUUUUCUCGGCAUGCCGGGCACCAUAAUAUGUGUCUUUAUGACGAAAUAUUUGGGACGCCGUCUGACUUUGAUCAUUUCAAAUUUUAUAAGUGCCAUUGGUUUACUGGUUAUAGCCAUGUUCCAGCAUUUAAGUUCGGUUCUGGUUGUGGCAUUUGCAACUAUGGGUCUGGUUGGUGCUGCCAUUACAUUUCCUAAUGUUUAUCUUUAUGCCGGUGAAAUAUUUCCAACUGUAGUACGUUCAAAUGGAGUAGGCAUGUGUUCUUUUUUCGGUCGUGUUGGCUCCAUGUUGGCACCGUUUAUUUCAGAGUUAGCAGAUUUAUAUGGCUUUUUACCACCAUUGAUUUUUGGCGUAGUUUCAUUGAUGGGUGCCGUUUUAACCUUUAUUCUGCCAGAAACAAGAGGAUUUCCACUUCCCGAGACUAUAGAGGAUGGUGAAAAGUUUGGCAAAAAGGCACGCAACGAAUAAACAUAUUUAAGGUGUAACUAUGUACAAAAUUAUAAAUAAUUAAAUGGUCAUCGAACGAUUUUUAAUUAUCUAAAAUAUUAGUAUGCAGUUAAAAUUUAUGUGAAUGUUUUGUUGAAAUGAAUAAAAUUAAAGUAGACAAGUAAGAGUGUUAUAUUCGGCUAUGCCGAAUCUUUUAUACCCACCAUCAAAUCACUGCCAUAUAAACGAA